AUGUAUCGUUCCAGUGGAGAGUUGCGCAAGUAUGCGCGGUGCGUAUUUGCGCUCUACUGCGUGGAUGAGGCUCUCUCCAUAGCCCGCUUCCGGCUCGCCUGGUACGUGCUUUGGGGAAAGUGGCCUGAUGAGCGCGUCGUGCGCCUGCUGUUUAAGGAAACGGAGGCGAGUGCUGACGGGAGUGAGAGGACUCGUGGGGAGGAGACUGUGACUGGAGAAAGUGUCACUCCUAAAGCGGUGGAGCACGACUGCCAUCUUGUUGGCGAUUCUUUGGCGCCCUCCGCUUCUUCCUCGGCCCUGCCUAGACGAAUUUAUGAGGAGGAAUUUAUACGCUUUGCCGUCACCUACCACGACACCAUGGGAGCCGACGCGGUAGAGUUUGGUGGCGCGGAGGACACUGACGAAGCCGUGGUAGACGUCCAGCGUCCCCCGUCUAGUGUUGUGCGGGGCCGCCAGUGGGUGCAGUUCCAGUCCCUCGCCGGGUCGAAGGGGUACGUGACGCUUGACGACCUUGUCGCCACGGAGGGCGCGGAGUGGCUUCAUCGGCCCAUGAGUGGAGGAUCAAAGGGCGGUGCUCCGGCGAAGCGUGCGGGACCCGAUGCAUUGGCUCCGCCGCAGGGUGAUGGUGAGGGACGAUUGGCGGUGAUGUCGCAUGUUUUUGCCAUUAUCGAUAGGGAUCGAGAUGGGAAAGUUGUCUUUGACGACGUGGUGCGCCAUCUUGGCACGACAGCGUGA